AUGUCGGCUCUGCGUAUUGCUACGCGCGUAAAUGCUCUGCUUCGUGCCCCUUUGACUGCAAGGAGCACAUUAAUCAAGGCGCCUGUUUCUAUGUCUCUGCGCGUGCCAAAUGCGCAACGUGCCUUCACCUUAUCCGUGCGCCGCCUUGGUCAAGGCGAGACCGACAAUGACCUCCGUGCUGGCCUCCAGCAGGAAAUCUCGUAUGAGCGUGAGGCAGCUGAGGCAGCUGGUGGUCCUGAUGUUGAUCCGGAAUGGCUUACUCAAUUUCGUUCGGAGGGCGUUUGGAACGUCGAAGACAAGCCUGGCUCGGACGAAAUUGCCCUAACUCGCAGUUUUGGCAACGAACAGAUCCGGGUGCUCUUCAGCGUUGGUGAAAUUGACACAGCCGAACCCACAGAAGAGCUUGAUGAAGAUGAGACAGACCAAAUGGCAUCCGGUACCGAGGAUGAGUUUGAGGGUAGUUUCCCUGUGCGUUGUGCCAUCAACAUUACCAAGACGAACCAUGGUUCGCUAAACAUCGACGCCCAAGCCCAGGACGGUCAGUUCCUGAUCGAGAAUAUCACCUUCUAUCGUGAUGAUGCGCUGGCUACGGAACUUACGGCAGAGGCAGACUGGGCUCGCCGUGGCCUUUACAUCGGUCCUCAAUUCGAGACGCUGGAUGAGAACCUACAGGCCCAAUUUGAGAGCUACCUUGCGGAGCGCGGUAUCGCCACUAACUUGGCACUCUUCAUUCCUAAUUAUGCAGAAUACAAGGAGCAGCGCGAGUACUGCAACUGGCUCGAGAACGUCAAGACGUUUGUAGAAGCCUGA